CAUACUCAAAGGGCUAUUGCAUUACCAGUGCAAGCCCAUCCAGAGAUCGAGAGAGAGAGAAGGAAGAACUAUAAGCAUAAAUUCCAUUCCAAAAGGAAGGGUUUUAAACAGUUAAAAGCUAGGGUUUAAGUUUAACUAGCUGCUACGUCAUUCAUGGCGGACGAGGCAGCUUCAGAGGUUCCAAUGGAAGUCGAGCCCAAAGCGGAGGUCACUGUUGAUCCGAAGCCGGAGGAGGAUUCUGAGAACGUGGGCUCGAAGCGGGCAAGGGACGAAGAUGAGGAGCCGGAAUUAAACGGUGAGAAAAGAGCAAAAACCGAGGAUGAGAAGUCUGUCGAGGAGGUACGGCUCGACAGUUCUGGCGAUGGAGAGGGGAAAGCGGAGGAAGAGAAGAAAGGGGAGAAGGAAGAGGGGGAAGAAGCGGGUGGAGCCACCAUCGGCCCGAAGACAUUCGGGUCCUCUGUUGAGAUGUUUGAUUAUUUCUAUAAGCUUCUUCAUGCUUGGCCUGCUAAUCUCAAUCUCAACAAGUAUGAGCACAUAGUGUUGCUGGAGCUGCUAAAGAAAGGUCAUUUAGAAGCAGAAAGAAAGAUUGGCAAAGGCGUCAAAUCUUUCCAAGUUCGAUUCCAUCCUCAGUUUAAAAGUCGCUGCUUCUUCCUGAUAAGGGAGGAUGAAUCAGUCGAUGAUUUCAGUUUCAGGAAGUGUGUGAACCACAUACUUCCCCUGCCUGAAAACAUGCAAGUUAAACAUGAUGUCAACAAGGCAUUGCGUGGUAGAGGAGGUGGUCGUGGACGUGGUCGCGGCCGCGGCAGAGGUGGGAAAUGAAGAAACGUCAAUUAAUCUGGUCUUUUUGCAUAAAGUUGCUAAACUGAAACACUUGGAGAGAUGUGUUGGAAAAUGAAAAAUUCAAACUCUUGCUAUUUACUUUUGUUUGAGCUUUGUAGUGAUCUUUAAGUUGAAGUUGCAGUAGCUUCAGUUUGCAGUUCAAUCAUUUAUUUUGCUACA